AUGUCGACGCCCGAGAACAAGGGCUACCUCUCUGCAGGCAUCGGGGCUUUCUCGCCCUGGACCUCGCGCAGCAAUACGCCGAAAGCGCCGCCGAGUCCGCGGGAGCCCAGAGAGAGCGAGGCGUCGAAUGCGUCCGAGGCCAUGGGAGGGCCGCAGAGGGGAGGCGAUCAUACCAUCAGUCGGCGGCAUCGGUUGAGUCUGAGGAAUUAUCCGCGGGACUGUCCGGCACUGGCUGUGCAGUGGUAUCAUGCUAUUGAUAUUCCCAAGCGUAAACCACUAGCUACCAAGACGCCUUUACCCUCCGACGAAAAGCCUCCGGCACCAAAGAAAUGGGCGCAGUUCUCCCCGGGCGACUCGAGGGCAAUCGAAGUGGCAUUCCAGAAGUUGGCGGACGAGGUCGAUAUUGCGGAUCAGAGGGCGCUGAAUAUUCCAGGGAGUCCACGUCCUCGACCGAGGGAGCAUCAGGAAUCCUCAGAUAAGGAUGGAAGGGUGAAAGUACCGGUGAAUGAAGACUUCCUCUUUGACGUUGAUGUCGAGGCGAGAGAGUUGGGUCCGGCAUAUUGGCUGGGUCCGGUAUAUGAGGUGCGACGUGGGACUUGGUUCUAUGACAAUACUGGACUCCCAUGCGACGAGAAUCUUGCAACUCAACUUGAAGAAGGUUAUCUCAAGCUCAGGCCAUGGAAGUUUCCCCAGUCAGAGAAGCGCUCGGUAUCGCAGCCACGUUCACGUCCACAGUCAUUGAGAGCUGCUCCUGGAGACGAUUACCGAAAGGCCCUCAAUGAGUCUAGGUCGAAUCCGAUAACCCCAAAAUCCUCCUCCGACAACCUGAAAGCUGAGUCGCCGUACGCCGCGAGUGAUGCUACUGGAGACGAAUCAUCACCACCUCAUGAUCAAAUGAAAGCCCAUCGACUUUUUGGGACACACAUGAACUCGGUUGUGACCUAUCAGAACGCGACGACAGCGUGGCUUUUGACAGAUGAUUUCCUUUCAAGGAUGAGUAGCACCGUCUACCAGAGAUUCGCCGGCGGCGGACAUUUCGCGGGCGUCAAACUCACUCGCGGUUCUUCUAGCAUGAACAAGAAGAGCAGAGACGACGACCGACCGGGAACGUCUAGCUCAACGUCCGAUGAUGCAUCCGAGCCGAACACCGAACGCAAACCCGAAGUCAAGGUCGACACUGAUGUUUCGGACGCAGAGGAAGACGACCCCGCACAGUCUCCUUCAGAAGCCCGCACAAAGACCCUCGCGAGACAUAUGUCGUCUCUAGUUUCGUCAUCGCAACCGGAAGAUCCUGCCAAGCAAGAGGAAGAAAUCCGGAAACGAGAUGAGAAGGAAAUCCGUGAUGACUACCAGGACCAGUCGGGCGAAGAGCAAAGACGUGACAUUGAGCAUCUGCUUCUCGUUACCCAUGGUAUUGGACAACGUCUUGGGAUGCGUUUGGAGAGUGUCAACUUUGUCCACGACGUUAACACUCUGAGGAAAUCCCUCAAAGGCGUCUACGCCAACUCUACCGACCUUCAAGCUCUCAACGCUGAAGUCGACAGGCUGCCAAAGAAUUGUCGCAUUCAAGUCCUCCCAAUCUGCUGGAGACAUCUCCUCGACUUCCCUAAGCAGAGCCUGAAGCACAAUCGCAAAGAACACGACCUCGGUGAUCUCGAUUUUGAUGACCAGGAUUACCCAAACCUUGAAGACAUCACCAUCGAAGGUGUUCCCACCGUCCGCAACCUCAUUACUGACCUUGCCCUCGACAUCCUCCUGUAUCAAAGCCCCGCAUACAAAGGGCAUAUCUCUCGCAUCGUGCUUCAAGAAUGCAAUCGCAUCUAUCGUCUCUUCCGCGAACGCAACCCCUCCUUCAACGGAAAGGUAAGCCUGGUGGGCCACUCCCUCGGUUCCGCCAUUCUCUUUGAUAUCCUCUGUCACCAGAAAGACGAUACCCCUUCCCACUCCCAAAAUCACAAGCACCGCCGUGCUACCGACGACCACAUGAAACUGGACUUCCCCGUUGAGGAUUUCUACGCCCUCGGGUCUCCUCUUGGCCUUUUCCAGAUGCUGAAAGGGCGAACUAUUGCGGCUCGUCAACCAUCCGCAUCGCAUUCCCCCGCCGAAACUCCGGGUGAGGGCUACGAUGACCCGUUCGUCUCGCCAACUGGCAAAUCAAAGGCAUUCGAGAUUACGACCAGUCGUCCGAAGUGCAAUCAGCUCUUCAACAUCUUCCAUCCCACUGAUCCCAUCUCCUACCGCAUCGAACCUCUCAUUUCUCCGGCAAUGUCUGCGCUAAAACCCCAACCCCUCCCCUACACCAAGAAAGGUAUCUUCGGCGCUCCAGUAGGCCACGGACUGACCGGCAUCGGCGCGCGCGUUGGCCAGAGCGUGUCAGGACUGUGGACGAGCUUGAGCUCAGGCAUCGCCUCCAGCCUCAUCAACCGCAGCCUCGGAAUCACAGGCGAAGACGCCGUCAAACUCAACACCGCGCAAGCACAAUCCUCACGCCCCUUGUCGAUCGGCGCCGGGACAAACAUCACAGCUGGCGGCGUUAUUCCUACAUCAGGUAAAGAACCGGACCCCGCGUUCAUCGUUGAUGAGCGGAAGCGUCGGCUAGGCGAAGACCCUAUCACGGCCGGAGAAGUUGGCGAACAUCCCCUUACCCUCAUCGACACAGAGAUCGAGACCCUCUUCUCAGGCUUCCACAAACGCACAAGAAGCCAAACAAGUGAAGACGCGAGGGACACCAGAGAGUCGCUCGAGUGGCAAGAAUUAGAGGAAAAGAGCAGGCGGCUGAGGAGGGAAGAGGCUAAAGUAAGGGCACUCAAUGGGAACGGCCGUGUGGACUAUAACAUCCAAGAAGGCAGCAUCGCGAGCCACUUGACGUACUGGGCGGAUGAGGACGUGGGGCACUUCAUCAUCUCGCAGUUGUUGGCCAGGCAUAGGAGCGCAUGGAAAUUUCACUCUUGCGGGCUUGGUGCCGAUGUCUGGGGUGGCCCUACUGGCGGGUAG